AUGGCUACUCAAGUGAAAAGAAGUCAUGACUCUUCUUCAUUUGAUACAUCUGUAUGUAUAACAAAAUAUAUUGAAAUAAUUACCCACGGUAAAUCUAUUAACUAACAUUUGAAUUUAGAAUAGUCAGCAAAAUAUUCAAGAACAUAUGUCACAGUUACUAAUGAUGGGAACGAAAAAGAGAAGGAAAAUGAUGAGUCAAGUUAUUGAUGAAGAUAGUGAGAAUAUCGAUAAUGAUGUUGGUGUUGAUGUUGAUGAUAAUGAUGAUGAUGAUGAUGAUGAUGACGAUGAUGAUGAUGAUGAUGAUGAUGAUGAUGAUGAUGAUGAUGAUGAUGACGAUGAAUCAUCCGAAAAUGAAGAAUCAGAGACGGAUAUAGAUGACUAUGAUGAUGCUACUCCAGCUCAAGCAGGUGUUAUUGAAAAAUUAUCGCUUAAAAAUUUUAUGUGUCAUGAUUCAUUUGAAUUAAAAUUGGGUCCACAAAUUAAUUUUAUAAUUGGUAGAAAUGGAUCUGGUAAAUCAGCUAUUUUAACUGGUAUUUCUGUUGGUUUAGGUGCAAAAGCAAAUGAUACAAAUCGAGGUAGUUCAAUUCGUGAUUUAAUUAAAGAUGGUAAACAAACUUCAAGAAUUUCAAUUGUUUUUAAAAAUGAAGGUCAAGAUGCUUAUAAACCAAAUGAAUAUGGUAAAAAAAUUAUAAUUGAAAGAAAAUUACAACGUAUUGGAGGUAAUUCAUAUUCAAUUAAAAAUGAAAAGGGUAAAACUAUUAGUAUAAAAAAAUCAACCUUGGAUGAAAUUUUAUAUAAAUUUAAUAUUACCAUUGAUAAUCCAUUAGCAUUUUUAUCUCAAGAUAAAGCAAGAGAAUUUUUAACUUCAGCUACUGAUAAAACUAAAUAUGGAUAUUUUAUGGAUGGUGCUUAUAUCACUGAAAUUUUGAAAAAUUUUGAAGUUACAACUACAAAUAUAAAUGAAUUGAAAAGUAAAGUUUCACAUUCUGAAGAACAUACAAAAAUUUGUAAACAAAAUUACAAAGAAAUUAGUAAAGUUUAUAAUGCUCAUAAACGUAAUGAUUUUUUAAGAAAACAAUUACAAAUAGUUCAUGGGAAAAUUUAUUGGUUUAAUGCAAAAUUGAUUAAAGAAAAAUUAAGAGAAUAUGAAAAUCAACAAAUGGAUUACAAUUCACAGAAACAGAAGAUAAAAGAUGAAAUUCAGAAAUUAGAGGAUAACAUUAAAGACAAAGAACCAGAAAAAGUAAAAAUUAUGCAAGAGAUUGAAGAUGCACAUAAAUUGUAUGAAACAAAACACAAUACUUAUCAACAAUUAAAUAAUAAAAGAUCAGAUUUAAGAUCAGUUGCACAAUCAAAUAAAGAAGAAAUAAUCAAGAGUAGGAAUGAAAUUCAGUUACAUGAAAAAGAUAUUGAAAAUCGUAAGCAGAAAAUGGAAGAAGAGCAAAAGAAAUUGCAUGCUUAUCAAGGUGAUUCAAAAGAUUCAUUAAGGGAAAGUAUAAAUAAAUUGAAUGAAGAGUUUCAUCAAUUGGAGUCUGAAUAUAAAGAAAAUAAAAAUCAAUUAAAUGAAAUGAAUUUAAGUAAUAAUAGUGAAUAUCAAAAAAUUAUGCAAUUAAGAAGAGAAUCACUAGAGCACUUGCAACAAAUCAACAAACAACUAUCUGAGUCUAGCAAGAAUAAACCUUCAAAAUAUGAUGCUUGGACUUUUAGGAUGCCCAAAUUAAUUAAUGAAAUAAACUCAAUUCGAGAUUGGAGCGGUGGUGCUCCAGUUGGACCUUUAGGAAGUUAUAUAUCGGUUAAAAAAGAAUAUCUGAAUUGGAAAAUUUUACUAAAUAAUAUUUUUGGUAAAAAUCUUGAUUCAUUUAUUGUCACCAAUGAAAAAGAUAGAAGAAGGCUAGAUCAAUUAUUAAAGAAACAUGGUGUACGAAGUAGUAUAGUUGUUCGAAAACAUGAAAGAUUUCAAUAUGAAAAUGGUAUGCCAAGUUCUGAUUUAAUAACAGUAUUAGAUAUGUUGGAAUUUGAAGAAGAUAUUGUACGUUAUACAUUAAUUGAUUUAAAUUUUAUUGAAAAAACAAUCAUUUCAAAAUCUACUGAAGAGGCAAUAAAAAAUUGUAAGAAAUCUAAUGUUUAUAAUGCUUUGGUAUUACUUAGAAGAGAUUCUGGUAGAAGAGUUAGUUUUCAAAAUAACACUCUAAAGCAAGAUCCGAUUCAUUAUCAGUAUCAACAGCAAAUAAAAUUUUUAAGUAAAAAUCAAACCGAUUAUAUUGAUGAAUUAACGAAAUCAAGAGAUGAAGAAAGACAUACGUUAAAUGAUUUGGAUCGUAAAUUAAGACUGAUGAAGAUGAAAUUUGAUACAGAACAUCAUGAUUUAGAUGUUAAAUGCAAAGAAAUUGCCCGUCGAAUAGCAGCUAUAAAACAUGAAAGAAUUAAAAUACAAGACAAAUUAGAUGAAGAAGUUGAUGAUAGAAAAAUACGAGCUUUAGAAAUUCAAAUUAAUGAAAUUCAAAGUCAUAUUCAAAGUUUACAAAGUAUAAUUGAAUCUUUAGAAGAAGAAAAUAAUUCAAAAGCUGAAGAAUUUCAAAAUAUGAAACCAGAAAUUGAAGAAGCAAAAACAUCAUAUAAAAAGCAAGAAAUUGUUAUUGAAAAAAUAAAAGAUAAAUUAAUUGAAAUAGAAACAGCUUUAGAAACAAGUCGAGAUUCCAUAAAACAUUUUACCUAUGAAUCGGCUGAAGUUCAAAGAAAAAUUGAUAAAAUUUCAAGUAAAAUUGAAAUUGGUAAACCACAAUUGAUUGAUGCUUUGAGUAAAGCACAAGAAUUUUGUGAAGAAAAAGAUGCACCAAUAAUACCAGAAGAUACUCAUGAUUCAAUUGCGCAAGAAUUUCGAGAUAUUAAAAAUCAAUUAGAAGAAGCUGAAAAUGCAUUAGGAAGUUCAUUAGAAGAAGUUAUGGUACAAGUUGAAUCAGCAAGAAAUAAAUUAGAAGCAGCUCAAGCAGAUUUAAAAACUUUAUCAGAUACACAAUAUAAAUUAGACUCUGAAUUAAAUAUAAGAUUAAAUUAUUUGUAUACUACAAUUACAAUUUCAGUUGAAGAUGCAAAAAGAACAUUUGAAAGAGCAAUGAAAAUUAGAGGAUUUAAAGGUAGUUUAGAUUUUAAUUUUGGUGAUAAAACUUUAAAAUUAAAUGUUCAAACUAAAAAAGAUGAUGAAAAAAGACCUGUUGAAUCAUUAAGUGGUGGUGAAAAAUCAUUUUCACAAAUUGCUUUACUAUUAUCAAUUUGGAAAGUUAUGAAUUCAAAAAUUAGAGGUUUAGAUGAAUUUGAUGUUUAUAUGGAUUCAGUUAAUCGUUCAAUAAGUAUUAAAUUAUUAUUAUCUGAAUUAAAACAAUAUCCAAAAUCUCAAAAUAUUUUUAUUACACCUCAAGAUAUAGCUGUUGUUGGAGAUUUAGAUGAUAAAAGUGUUAAAAUUCAUAGAAUGUCAGAUCCAAGACAAGAUUAA